AUGUUGUUCACAUCGCAGCAGCCAGAUAUCGAACUACCCAAGCACCAGUCACUAUGGUCCUGGCUGUUUGAGUCUCGCACGCCGACCUUCAAUCCGACCACCGUGCAAGGCUUCACCGAUGUCUCCACCUUGAAGCAUAUCAGCUUCACGGAUCUUACAAAAUACACAGAGGCUCUGUCCACGGUCUUCUACCGAGCGUUUGGCUUGCGUGAAGGUGAUGUAGUGGUCGUCUAUAGCAAGAACUCUGUCUGGUAUCCAGUGAUAGCUCUAGCAGCUGUUCGGAUCGGUGCAAUUGCCUGUGCAGUUUCACCAGAAUAUACUACAGAAGAGCUAACGUAUGCUUUGCGCUUGACAAAAGCGAAGCUGUUCUUCACUGCCGCCGGGUCAAUUUCCAACGCACGUCUCGCGUUGUCAGCUUCUGGACUGGCUGCCACGAAUCUGUUGUGUAUGGAUGCGAACCCAGAUGGCUUUGCGAGUGUCCAGGAUCUCCUGGCCAAAGCAAGCGACCCCAUAAACUCGAUCCAGGUUCCCCAAUUCCAGAUUCCCACAGGUCAGACCAACCAUGAUGUUUGCGCCUAUCUCUGUCUUAGCAGCGGGACUACCGGUCUGCCAAAAGCAGUGAUGGUCUCUCACGGCAACAUUAUCGCUCAGUGCCUUCAAGUUCAGCAGAUCACACCCAAGGACCACGACAAGAUCGUUGCAGCUCUGCCGUUCUAUCACAUCACUGGUAUCGUACACGAACUUCAUCUUCCCAUUGUGAUCAAUGCCCACACGUAUGUACUGCCAACGUACACACUCGACUCGCUACUCGAAACGGUGUGUCGGUACCAAAUCAACGAGCUCUUAAUCGUCCCUCCCAUCUUGAUUCGACUGGUACGGGAUCCAGCAACAGUCGAUAAGUACGAUCUCUCGCAUAUCCGUCGCUUCUCGUCUGGUGCGGCACCUCUACCACGCGAGAUUCUUGGUCUCCUGGAGAAGAAAUUCCCCAAUACCGGAUUCAAGCAGGGGUACGGCAUGACUGAGUCGUGUUCGGCAAUCACGUCUCAUCCUCCAUCCAAAUAUGCAUACAAGUAUGCUGAUAAAGUGGGCAUGCUGGUCGGCUCCACUAGUGUUAAGAUCGUAGACCCGAUUUCACUGAAAGAGUGCAGUGUGGGCACAGCUGGAGAGAUCUGGGCCCGUGGGCCUCAAGUGGCAAUGGGGUAUUUGAACAAUCCUUCUGCGUCAGCGGAGACAUUCGACAAAGAUGGGUUCCUCCAUACUGGAGAUAUCGGGUAUAUCGAUGAGGAGGGCUUGUUGUCGAUUACAGACAGGAUGAAAGAGAUGAUCAAGGUCAAAGGCAUCGGUGUUGCGCCUGCUGAGCUGGAGAACUUGUUGCUUGGUCACCCGGCGGUCAAUGAUGUGGCAGUGACCGGCAUUCCAGAUGAUCGCGCUGGUGAAAGACCGAAAGCGUUUGUUGUGCUCAGGACAGGAGAUAGGCGGGAUCCCGUAAAGGCGGGUAGGAUGAUCAUCGAGUAUGUCAAGGAAAAGAGGGCAAGACACAAAUGGAUUGCUGAGGUGGAGAUUACGGAUAGUAUACCAAAGAGCCCGGCGGGUAAGAUCCUGAGGAGAAAGUUGAGAGAAAAGGCUGCGGGGGGCAACCGCAACGUUGUUAUUCGUGAUGUUGCUACCAAAGCUAAGUUGUAAACGCUACUCCUGUCGUUACAUGCAAGCACUGUCUGUUACUCGAAGCUAUCAAUCGGCAUGGAGCUUGUAUUUUUCGACACGUCCACAAGUAUUCUUGUUCCAUAGCGCACGUUGCAUCCUGUCCUUUGCUCAGCGUAAGGUUCAAAGCUUAAUAAUCAUGGUG